UCCAUCAUAGUGAGGAGCCUCCAUUGGCUUCCAUUCAUUUUUGUGACUCUACUAUGCCUAACCCAUACUCUAACCAUAACCAAUGCUGAUCUAUUUGUAACCCUAACCUUAACUAAAACUUAAUUCACAGUAAAUCUCUAACUGGCAUAGUAAGCUUCUAAAAUUAAAUAAAAAUAAUAAAAAGUGAGGACCAAAAAAAUCCUCACAUUGUAGGGAAAAUGGUCUAAUGGUCCUCAGUAUGUACAAGAACACACAUGCCCACCCCACUAACCCAACUUAAGGAGGGGUACUAUGUUUGGUUGUGAGUUGAGGUUUGAUUGUUCUCUAAUGAACUCUUGUCUGUUAUGCUGCUCAAAGGCGAUGUAUUCAGCAUCUUUUUCUACAGGAAGGCAGAUGUGUGUGGAGGAUUUCAUAAAGGGUGUACCUUUUUGUUCAGGCACCUGGAGUUUGGUGCUAGCCUCUCCAAACAAAACCUGGAUGAUGAGAAGAGGCCAUUUGGUCUGAAUUGUUUACAUACAUAAUAGGAAACUGGCUUCUCAAGCCAAAGUGGGCGAGUUUCUGUUAUCUGAUUUUGGACAUGCAAAGUUUUGACACGUUGUUUUGUAUUCAUGUCUUAAUCGUUGACAUAAAUAAAGAUUGAAGUGUUUCUACCUUGUUCUGUUGUUCAGGGAUGUGCCACUUGCUUCUACUCACCAUACCCACAGUCACAGUGUUUACUUUAAACAAGUAAUGACACAAAACUUAUAAGAAUAGUUAAUAUGACACACAGCAGCAUAACAAGAACUUCAGUUAACAAGGGACAGUGUCUUGGACAAAGUGAUUGAGGAAUUUUCUAGUUUUGAAAACGUCCCUUAAUUCAAAUGGAGGCAAAACUUCCACAGCAGGACUAUUAAAUUCCGGGCCUCGAGGACUGGUAUCAAACAUGAUUUAGUAGUUUCUCUGGUCCAACACACUAGAUUCAGUGGUUGAAUCACCUGUGCAGCAGCUCAUCAGGCUCUGCAGAAGCCGCUUAAUCACCUGCUGAUUGAAAUCAGGUGUGUUAAAGCAGGGUUAAAACCAAAACGUGCUGCAUACCGGCCCUCAAGGCCCGGAAUUGAACAACCCUGUUCUACAGAAACCAACUGCUUGGGGCUGCGUAUACAAGCUGACUCCAUAAGUUUAGAGGAAAAAUGUCAGUUUCUCAUCGUUGACCACCAGUUGUGGUAGAACAUGUUUAAUACAUGUUAGAGGAUGCUUUAUUACAUGUAAAAUACAACUGGUGCAUUGCACAGUUCAUGGAAAUGUGUCCAUUUUUUCUUUCAGGCUUUAACCUCAAGGGUCCGAUGGACCAGUGUGCUGAAGAAUCCAUCUUUAUUUAGUCUUGUUAUCUGAAGUGAAACUGAUAAUCCCACUGGUUGUGGGCUGAUUCCUGAUUCCUUAUCAGUCCAGACUUCUCCUAGCCCCAUUACCUAUCUGGUUUGACCUAGUUCACCUGUAGAAGGAUUGAUGAUGUUGUGGGAAGAACAUUUAAAGGGAGUUCAAAGGGUGAACAGAUCUCUAUGUAGGGCAGCUUUGUGGGAUGUUUUCCUCCAGAUGACCGGUGGAAAAUGUGCGUGGUAGUGAUCCAUGUCGCCUUCUUUCCAGCAUUUCUCCAGAAUGAAACAACUUUUUGUCUUCGUCUCUUGUUUGGCUUCAGUUCUGACCAUCCUCUGCUCUUGACAUUUGAGAGUGUGUGUUGUGUGUGUGGUCUCCGUAGGGAGUCGACUCCAGAUGCACACAACUGGAGUCCAGAGGCACAGAUUCUCCUUUUUGUCCCAUGUUGUUGAGUUUGACCCUUUCUGCACGCUGAAAGAAAGCGGGUUCUUUAUAGAAAAGGUCGUUCUUUCAUUGUUUAUGAUUAUUCCACUUUACAUUCAUUGACUGUUUUCCAAAAGGCUUCAGACAAAUCAUCUGGAGUCAAUUAUGUUUGUUGUAAGGACAUGCAGCAGUCGUUUUUUAAAACCGUUCAAGUUUUCCUAAGUCUUCACAAUAAUAUCUGCCUAAUAUGCUCCAAAAGAGCUUGUUUUAUUUUUUACAUAAGAGGCCUAGCAGAUACUUUGUUUGGGAAAUGAGACAUUUUGAAGUCUGACUUCAGAUGAUGGUGAACAUUUACGAGUUGGUACGUUUGGUCAGAAAUGGGACACUCUUGAGGUUGGGCACAGCUUCACCUGGAAUCAGAAAGUGUUGGAAUCUAGAUCUUAUAAAUAUUAAAUGACCUAUAAAACAAAAGUUCUAAUGCUGGCAACAUCUCAAGGUUGCAUUUUUUUACUUCUGAUAGCUGGCCAGAUUGUUGACCAGCUUGGAUCCCUGCUGGGGAGAGCAGACUGCAAACAUUUUAGUUUAAAACUCGAGCCAAAAGGAAGUGGACCUCAACACGCUCUGCAGAAUCCGGUCAGCUGUGAUCCUUGUGUGUCCGGCUGCCUCCAUCACGGGUUUAACUGACUGCGUUAAGUUCGGUUUCCUUCCUCAGUCAUUGCUCUAUUGGCUGUAAUAAAAGCUGACGGAGUUCAAUCAUUAAAGACACUCCAGCCAUUUUAUCAGGUGAUUUCUCAAACAGCAGUAGAAGAGCAGUUUACAGGAAGUACAUUCCUCACUCAAAUGUAGUUUCCUUUUUUCAGCUCAUGAUGGGGAUAACUCGCAGCAUAGGACAGUAGUUCAAGACCAAGUUCAACAAGAACCCCCCCUUUUUUUUUUUUACUUUGAAAUACAGUCGGUCACUCAGAGUUUCAAAUGAAGGCUGAACGUGAAAAUAGUUUAAAACCGGUUUCUCACAGUAGCUUCUGAUAAAAAAAAAUAGACAUACUUGGAUUAGAAAAGCCAUAAAGAUCUACAUAACACUGAAAAUUAGCAUUCAUGGACUCACCCAUCUUGACUCAAAAAAACAGGGAAGGCUGUUUUUAGCAUCCAGGAGAGGGCAGAGCAUGUCUCGGCUAGUAGAAGCUAACCGUUCGCAUUGGCGACACCACAUCGCAGCAGAACUCCUUCAGGCUUCUGUGUUUUUGUGGAGAUAAAACAUUAAUGUUUAUGAGCAGUGAGCGGUAGUCAUGUUGCCGUUAGCCAAUCAGAGGAGAGGUGUCUGAAUAAGCCCAUUUUAUGCUCACCUCUACCCUAGCUCACUUCUGGUUCCUGAAACAGAUGCGCCAGCUCUUUAUCACCUCACUUUUUGACGGACAAGGAUAUAAUUUAUCCUAGGGCCCACUGAGGACAUAUUUUUAAAGAGUGAACUUGGUCUUUAAAUUUCGAUUUAUUGUAUUAUCACUUUAAUAACAAAGUCCCAUAGGUGUCUGUUCACCCUCCUUCCUUCAGGCAGUAGGCUGAGCAACAGCAUUUUCCCUGAGGUUAUUUGCUAUAGUCUUAUUUUUAGCUGCUGUUGUCUUUAAUCUGUAAAAUAAAGGACUCUGAACUGAGAGAAAGUCCAUGGAUGUUGGAAGCCAAUUUGCCUUGUUUGUGUUAAACAGAGCAAAGCUGGUUUAAACAGCUGUGACAACACCUGAGUCAUGUCACGUUUACCUCCCUCUGUCCUCAAAUUUACUCUUUCUGGAACAAGUGUGUGAGUGUUGUUAGUGGAGUUUGGUUUCACACCUCCAGCAGAGCAUGUGGAGGUGCAGCCCUGCAGACAGGACUGAGUUCUGGUUUGGGGCUGUGCUUCGGACUGUUGAUGGUAAAUCACUUCGCGUGUGUGUGUGUGUGUGUUUUAAGAAAACAAUAGCUGCUUUGUGGAAGGGUCCCACUGAUGGGAUUGUUGGGGGGCUGAGGGACGGUCAGAGCCUAGUGAAGCGUAGCCACUUCAUUAGUCAGUUCUCCUUUUGUACCUCCUCCUCUCAUACGUCCUCCCUCCUCCAUCAGUCUUGCUCUACUCUUUCCUCUUCGCUCACUCGUGGAGCCACACAAGCAGGAGUCAGUCUGCCUGGUUGUUUCCGAACUCUGCUCAGUGUUUUUAGCUUCGUGAGGAUGGACUUUAGGGGCUGACCUGAUCGUUGGUUAGUUCUGUCCUGAGAAUGAAGAAGUGAGUCUCCAGAGAACAGGGUCAUGGCUGUUCAGGCUGGCAUCCAGGUUUGGUUCGGUGAGAAGUUCGACGUCCCCCUGCCGAGCCCCCAGAGCCCCCGCAGCCCGCUAGCUCAGCGACACGGCCCUGGCCUCACCAACGUCUUUGAGUACGACCAGUGGCUCGCGGUGCGCCACGAGGCCACGCUGGUGCCCAUGCAGGAGGACCUGGCCAUCUGGCUCAGCACCAUGCUGGGAGUGGAAGUGAAAGCUGAGUUUUUUAUGGAGGAGCUGAACAACGGCGUGAAGCUGUGCCAGCUUAUCGGCGCUCUGCAGACCAGGAUCGCCCAGAGCUGCCCCUCAGCACUCGGCAAGCUUUUUCCCAACAGAAGGAUUGCCUGCAAGCGGGACGCCUCUCCUGGUUCCUUCUUUGCUCGUGACAACACCGCCAACUUCUUGUCUUGGUGUCGGCACAUCGGGGUGGAGGAGACCUACCUGUUUGAGUCGGAGGGCCUUGUGCUGCACAAGGAGCCCCGACAGGUCUGCCUCUGUCUGCUGGAGAUCGGCCGCAUCGUCUCCAAGUACGAUGUGGAGCCUCCCGUCUUGGUGAAGCUGGAGAAGGAGAUCGAGCUGGAGGAGACGCUGUUGAUGACAGAGGAGCCGCCUCCAGCUGUGAAGACCUUCAGCGUGUGCUGCCAGCACGGCGCCCUCUACCAGCCCGAGGAACACAACCUAGACGAUCCACCUUGCAGCUGCUCCAACAGAGUCUCCAUAGAGUAUCUGUCUGAGGGACGCUACAGACUCGGAGACAAAACCAUCUUCAUCCGUAUGCUUCAUGGUAAACACGUGAUGGUUCGGGUCGGCGGCGGCUGGGACACGCUGCGUGGCUUCCUCACCAAGUACGACCCGCUCCGGGUGCUGCAGUUCACUACUCUAGAGCAGAAGAUCCUGGCCUUCCAGAAGGGUCCGCCGGGCCUGGGUGGUCACCAUGGCAACACUGCACAACCUGCUCCCCCUGACAUGGACCCCCUUGCCGCUGUAGACGACCUCGUCUCUUCCGCUUCCUCCUCCAGCUCCACUUCCUCCUGCUCUUCAGUCUGUAAGCAGACAUCUUGUCGCUCCUACACCCCCUCCCCUGCCUGUACGCCAACCCUUCAGAGGAAAGGUUUGGCUUCAGCACCUAAGAAGAACCUCCAGAUGACCCCAUCCUACCCCAAGAAGCCCACCCAGCUCCCCCUGCCCAUUGGAGGCAAAGGCUCCUCCUCUCUUCCCACCACACCUGUAGGGAGCCCCAGCAGACUGCCCCCCAGCAGAUUUCUGACUCCAUCCACAGCAUCUCCAGUGGAUACAAGCUCCUCUUCCAAACUGAAGCUCCGCCCACGCGCUGCUGUUUCCCAGCCCAGAAGCCCCGUCUGUCCUGAACCAUCCUCCAAAUGCCCCAAGCCCUCCAACCCUAACACCUCCCCCAACGGUGCCUCUGUCCCAUCCCUACCACCCUCUAAAGAUGCCCGACCUCCAUCGGGCGCCACUCAGCGCUCUCGCCUUGCUCAGCGUCGCCCCGGCUCUCCAGCCUCGCGCCUCCGCCUAGAGACAGCCCGGCGGGCAAGAACUGCCACCAGGGCAGCAGGGACGGCCUCAAAGUCCCGGACCCCCACCCCCAACCCCAGCUUACAGACACCCCCGCCAGCCCAAACCAAGUCCCCCUGCUCUACCUCAAAGACUAAAGACUUAACAGUCAAAAGCAAGGUACCGGUACCAAACAGGGCUGCUGUUGCCGUCAGGCUGGCCCCCAAGGGCAACACUGACCUCCCCACCCAGACCAGCACCACCUCCUCUAGCAAAACCAAUAAGACAGCAGCAGCUGCAGCACAGAGGGUGGGGCCAAAGCAAGCCACCACAGUUCUUCACAAAACCACCAAGUCAGCAUCACAAUCUGAGAGGACUCUGAGUCGAGCUGUGGCCCCGCCGAGUAAACCCACCGAGACCAGAACCACGAGGGUCCCACAGAGCAGAAACAGAACCGAGGACCCUUAUUUUGAAAUGAACAGCAGGAGGAAGCAGAAGACGUAACGAGACUGUUUCCGACAAAAUCAGGAACUCUUUAAAUCUCACUAAUCUUCAUCACUCGUCUGUAACUUUGGCGGUUUUUUAUUUAAUUCUUAAUUUUUUUUGUUUUUUUAUGAAAAUAUUUUUGUGGUGAUUCUGUGACCUCUGCAGAGGUCAUCUUGAUAAACAACACUAACUUUGCACAAUGUUAAUGAUUUCAGACGCGUCUUUUAGAAACAUCAUGUUCAGAACUAACCUCCGCCUUUAAAGCUCUGGACAUUAACAGAUUUUAUUACACAAGUAGCAGCUUCUGCUUCGUUUUCUCAAACACGGUACCAAAGAUUCAAACGGAAACAUGAAUCAUGUUUGUGUUUGGAUUUGCAGUGAGUGAUGAUCAAGAAAAGAUAAAACAUAAAAUUAUGAUUUUUUUUUAACAUAAAACGGUUACAAAUCUCUUUGUGGGAGGUGAGGCGUCCUCCCAGUCACGUGCCUUCAGCGCUUCUAGAAUGUCUUCAUCCACCCAGGGUUCAGCUGAGUGAAGAAGCUCUGUGGAAACUACUGAUCACACACCACUUUUAACGGAUAAAACACAUUUUAGAGCAGAAUCUCAGCUUGUUGUAUUUCUAACUUGUGUCUGGAAACUAGUUUUUCUACGUGUUUUAUGUGUGUUCAUAUAAAGAUGUUUGCUUUCUUUGCACUUUACAGAAUUUUAAUUUGAAUGUUUUUGUCAUUCUGAUCAAUAAAUGGACAAAUGAUUUUAAA